AUGCCGGAAGCCACUCAAGAAAAUCCCCAACUCGCUCUUUUGGAUGUCUUCUUCCCCGGGUUCUCCGUUCUCUCGACAGCAAUCUACAAAUACUCGAAAAUCGAUCUGAAUAUCUACUUCCCCGUUCUCUUAUUUAUUGGGGUUCUCAUCUUCGCUUCUCAAUACAUCAACACCUGGCUAUGGGAGAUGAUGGAUGGGUAUCUCAUGUCGACUGCCGAUAUUCGAAUCGACGAUGAAAUGUAUAACAUGCUCAUGGCCUGGAUUGCAAACCAGCAAUUCGCGAAGAGGUCCCGCCGAUUCGUGGCAAAUACAAACCUCAACAGCCGUAUGUGGUUCUUAUGGCGAGAGUAUGAUGAGGAUAGCACGGAGGAUGAGGCGAUGAUCGACUUUGACGAGACCGGAAAUGCCGUUUCUACCGGUGGGGGCCACAAGAAGGAGAAGAAAGUCCAGUUCACACCCAGCUUCGGAACCCACUACUUCUGGUAUAAGAAGAGACUUCUCAUCUUUCGUCGGCAGCAGGAUACCAGACAAACGAGCUGGGGACCUGUCAGCGAGCGAGAGGAGAUCUCAGUCUCUUGCUUUGGUCGAAACCCCACCAUUCUCAAGGAUCUCCUGGAGGAUUGUCGUCAAGAUUUCCUGAAGAAUGAUGUCAAUCGAACGGUAAUCUACAGGGGAGGCCUCAAAUCUGGUACAAGUGAAGUCGCAUGGACCCGCUGCGUCUCCCGCGUCUCCCGACCAUUCUCAACAGUGGUCCUAGAUGAAACAGUCAAGCAAAGUCUACUUGAUGACAUGCGAGAUUAUCUUCAUCCCUAUACCAGAAGGUGGUACUCGAAUCGCGGGAUACCGUAUAGAAGGGGCUACCUCCUCUACGGACCACCUGGAACGGGCAAGUCCUCCUUAAGUUUCGCCAUCGCAGGUUAUUUCAAGCUCAAAAUAUACAUCGUAUCCCUCAAUUCCCUGGCCAUGAAUGAAGAGAACCUUGGUCAACUAUUCUCCGAGCUGCCUAAGCAGUGCGUCGUCCUACUCGAAGACAUCGACACCGCCGGCCUCACACACACCCGAAAGAUCCCCGCUGAGGCCGAGGAGGAAGCCAAGCCCCUCGUGACCGUCGUCCCCGGAGGCUCAACAACCACCAACCCCGCCAGCCCACCCACGACCCCACCACCAGGCGGGCGAAUCUCCCUCUCCGCACUCCUCAACAUUCUCGACGGCGUCGCCUCCCAAGAAGGCCGAGUCCUCAUAAUGACGACCAACCAUCUUGAGAAGCUGGACGAGGCCUUAAUCCGCCCAGGCAGAGUCGACAUGACCAUCAAAUUCGACCUUGCAAACACACAGAUGAUAACUACCAUCUUCCGCUCCAUCUUUGCCACGCUGGAAGGCGACAUCCCUCCUUCCGCCAAGCCUCUCCCCGCCAUCCGAGUCCCCUCCUCCCUAUCCAAAACUGAGACUGCCCUGCUCGCAAUCGAGGAUGAGAAGCGCAAGGCAGACGAGCUCGCCACCUUCCGAGCUCGGAAGAAGAUGGAGGAAGAGAAGGUAGCCAGACUUGGAGAAGAAUUCGCGGUUCUGAUUCCUACCAUGACGUUCAGUCCUGCGGAGAUCCAGGGCUUCCUCCUGAAGUGGAAGAGGCAGCCCGAGAUGGCAGUUAAGGAAGCGGCUAGUUGGGUUGAGAAGACGAAGUCUGAGAAGCAGAAGAAGGCUAAAGAAGAAAAGGAGAAAGAAGAGGAAGAGAAGAAAAAGGAGACGAGUUGGCAAUAUCGACGGAUCUGUUCUUCGUAUCGCUACACAACGGUUAGCAAGUUCCAAAACGAGUUUCGUAAAGCUGCAAACGGUGGGGAAAAAACAGAGCGAUACAGAGACUGCGAGAAAUCCCAGAGGGCUGUAUCACGACCAUAG